AUGUGCAGUCACAAGACUGCAGUGAUCCUGCACAUGGUGGCAGAUGAUUCACACUCAUUGAAUUUUAUUGGUGUUGGAUCACAAGGCCUUGAUUUGCCAGAAUAUUUUGAGGUGAUUAGUGUGGAUGAUUGGCCAGUCCUCUACUAUGACAAUACCAUGGAAAGUGCAUCACCUGUCCCUGAAUGGAUUGAGAAUACAACUGCACAACAAUUUUGGAGUUAUUUUGCUUCCAGAGCAAAUUUCAACAAAGCAAUUUUAACUAGAGGCCUGCAAUUAGCCAUCCAGGAGUUUAACUUAACAGGAGCUUCCACAAACAUUUAUCAGGCUCACGGUCGAUGUGACCUUCAUCCUGAUGGAACUACACAAGCCUUUUUAACUCAUGCAUUUAAUGGCAAGGACUUCUUAAGCCUUGAUAUGGAGAGCAGAACAUUUAUAGCCACGGUGCCUCAAGCAGUCCUCUAUAAGAGACAGAGGGAGAAAAGUCAAGUCGACCUUGACUUUCUUGUGUCCGCAUACAAAACAUCUUGUUCUGACAUAAUCAACAUAUUCCUGCAACAUGAUCCCAGACUACGCAUGAAGAAAGUUCCAGAAGUCAGGAUUUUUGAGAAGCGAAACUCUGCCUUCACAGAGAUCACAUGUCAUGUGACUGGUUUCUACCCACCAACAGUGCAGGUUCAGUGGUUUGGGUCAGACAUGCAGCCUGUGGUUGAGGGGGUUAUUGAAGGUGAAGUGUUACCAAAUGGAGAUGGUUCUUAUCAGAUAAGAAAGAGUGUUGUGAUACCAGCAGAACACACAGACAUACAUCACUACAGCUGUGUGGUCCAACAUAGCAGCAUCCCUGGAAAUAUCACAGAAAUUUGGGGUAAGAACCUACUGUCAAGGGAUGAAUAG